GAACACAGAGACGUAAGAAGAGCUAUCCUCUGAAUUUUUACCAUCUGGGUAGACGAAGAUAGUCCAUUGAUAACCUCCGACGGAGAAAUUAUCACUUGCUAUGUGUUUCACCACUCCAGUUCCUUUAGCUAAACUGUAUCCUUGGAUCACGAAUUGGUGCGAUCCGUUUGUCGUCUGCGUCACUGAUCUCGAGCUUGUUGGUGAUUCGAUUCGGUCUGGAUUCGUGUUGGGGCUUGAUGAUCAGCUGGUUCUGGUCAUUGGCCUUGAAAUUCGCCGCGAUUUCUAGGGUUUUUGAUUUUCCCAAUUUGGGGAGAUUUGUGAAUUUCAGAAAUUCAAACCCGUCGGAUAAAACGGGAAGAGGAAGAGAAAGAUGGAUGAAUCGGUCCGUUGUGGGGUAUAAUGGUCAUUGUACUAAAAGAAAGAUCCAAUA